AGGCUCAAAAUUCGGCACGAGGUGUCGGGGCAUGUGCCCGCGCGGGCCCGUCGGCCGGGCGCGCUGGGCAGGCCAAGGAGAGGGCUGCUGGCUGGGCUGAGCCACGGAUGCAGUUGCCCGAGCCGGUUGCCAAUGGCGCAGCAGGGCGUGGGGACCUGCCAUCUCGCUGUGCAGAGUGCGGCACAACCCUGGCGGAUGCCCUGGUUCUCACCUGCGGGCACGACCUCUGCCUCAACUGUGCCGCUAGAGCCCUCUCCCGGACGCGCUCGCAGAGCGGGCGCGCCAUCCGCUGCGUGCUGUGCUCCAGCGUGACCGAGCUGGUGGAGGAUGCCGUCUCGGCGCUCACCGCCAGGGGCGCCUCCAGGGGGCCGUCCGCGAGCGUGGCUGCCACGACGCCAGGUGCGUCUGCCGCUACGGCGUUGCAGACCGCCGCGGCGCUGCAGUCCGCGGCCACCGCCGCCUCCAACGCUGCGUUCGACCGCAUAGACGCCAACCACGACGGGGUGAUUACGCGCGACGAGCUCAGCCGCGCAAUGUCCGGCGGGGCGCCGCCGAUGGGUGCGACCAGCGUCCGCGGGGCGUGCGGAGGUUGUGGCCCAGGGCUGCUCUCGCAAGCGCGCGGCCAAGCCGCGCCGCCGCAGCCCCAGCAGGCCGCGUGGCAGCUCGGCGGGCGGCGCU